CACGUCCGAAACCGCUAAAAGCCCCGAGGCAGGUUCCGCCUUCCGUUCCGCCGCGGAGGUUUCUGGAGAGGAAAGUCCGUAAGGCCCAGCGGCUACUGUGAGGGGGGAAGUCACCGGGACUGCAUUUCCCGAAAGGCUCUUCGCGCCCCAAAGCGGGGGGUGUCGGGAAAAAGCGUCCCGGUUCCUUAUUGGGAGAGGCGCGCGGCCCGUCGCUGCGGCAGCGAAACGCGCUGCCCGCGGGAGGGAGGGAGGACUCGGCUCUCGUGUCCGGCGCGUGGUGUGGGUCCGCCUUACCUCAUGGGAAACUACAUUUCCCACAGUACUCCGCGCUCAUGCUAUGAUGGAGCUACGCGUGGUUGAGCUGGAGAAAAGGAUCCGAGAUCACUUGGAGAAGCUGGGCUUUGAAAUCCACCCGCUUAAGGUACUGCAGGAGGGGUGCAGAGUUGGGGGAAGCGAGUCGAAGCGAGGAGGGGGAAAUAAUCGGUUUCUUAAUUGCAUGUGCUUCUUCAGACAUAUGGUUGGCAUGCUGGUAGGGCAGAGCGGCGUUGCAUAAGUGUUAACACUGACCCCUGCGGACCCAGAAGGAAUAUAGGUGCUGUGCUGUAGCUCCACACGGAUUCAUGUGGUUCAUCGUGCCUACUUUGGUUCGUGAUUCUGCCAUUCUGGUCAUAUUGCUCCGCUGUUGCAUUGUAGUUGCUGCUCCUUGUAUAGUAUCAAUUUCUCGUGUGUGGCUGCUACCAUUUUUUGGUGCCAUUUGACGUUCUGCUGUUUAAAUAUGCAUUUUUUAAUAAUGCGUGAAAUGUUCUUAAAAUAAAUAUGUGGGAUGCAAUUUUCAUUUUUAUUGCAUAAUCUGUUAUUUUUGCAACAUGGACAUCUGAAAGGCUACAAGUAAGCUUGUUAGUGUUGUUUGUGAGCGAACAUUAUAGGCUGCAAACCAUUAACAAUCUCAGACAUCAGGCACCAUCUGAUAUACUAGCAGAUCUUUUUAUGAAAAAAACCCCUGUUUCUCUGGUUAUGUGCCAAAUCAUUUUUUUACCCAUUGUUUCCAGAAGUGUUCCAUUUCUUUUACUGCCCUGUGGGUUGCAUUCCAGGAUACCAUUUUAUAUUUACCCAGAAGUUUAAAGAAUAAUUGUAUUUCUGAAAUCCAGGUAUGUAAUAUAUCAGAGUAGAUACAAAUGAGAUUAGAUACAGAGAAGGAAUAAAGCACAAUAAUGUAGAAAGUGGGGUAUAGCUGGGAAUGUGGCCAACAGUAGCUGGUUAUAAAGAUGAAUGUCAAGUUCUGUUGUCUAGGAAGUUAAAGAUUAACAUUGAAUAGAUUCAACUAGUGUGAAGUUGAGGCAUGUCCUACCUGUGAGUUAAAUAUUAAUCAGGGUAGAGGAAGAAGAAAAAAGCAAUUUUCUCUUUUAGGCCCAUCAAAUCCUGACAUUCCUGCAAAAACGUAUUCCUGGCUUUCUGUGGUUUAACUAUACACAGUUGCAGCUGUCCUCAAGCAUAACUCUUGCAUGAGACAGAGAAGUCACAUGACUGAAAUGAGUACAUUGUGAUUUGCCAAAGAGGCAAUCAGUGCUAGAGGCUAUAAAACAAAUCUCCAAUAAGGCCUAGAGGCUCUAGAGAAGAAAUUAAAUCCAUCAGUAUGACAGUGUGUUCUCAUAGGAGGUGCAAAUGCUAAUAAACUCACUGGACAGCACAGUGUGAUGGGAAACAGGAGAUGCAGGUUCAAGACCUGCCAGGGCACUGAUCCUCAUAAGGCUUGGUUUCCAGACCCUUGAUCUUCUGGAUCUCUCUUCUCUUGAUCUGGAAACUAUAAUCCUGUUGAUGCAGCCUAGAACAGCAUUAGCUUUUUUUUGCUGUUGCAUCACACUGUUGACUGAUGUUAAGCUUGUGGUCUACUAAGACCCCUAGAUCCUUUUCACAUGUAUGGCUUACUAGUCUGGUAUCCCCCAUUAUAUAUUUGUGCAGCUGGUUCUUCCUGCCUAAGUGUAGAGCCUUACAUUUGUCCCUAUUGCAAUUCACUUUGUUAGUUUUGUCCCAGUUCUGUUAAGGUCAUCUUGAAUUCUGAUUCUGUCUUCUGUGGCAUUGGCUAUCCCUCCCGGUUUGGUGUUAUCUGCAAAUUUGAUAAGCAUCCCCUCAAUUCCUUCAUCCAAGUUGUUUAUAAAUAUGUUGAAUGACAAUGGGCCCAGAACAGAACCCUGCAGCACUUCACUUUUAUCCAAGAUGAUGAGGAACCAUGAAUGGGCUGUCUUUGGGUUCAGUUAGUCAACCAGCUACACCAUCAACUAUUGGAAGUGACCCUAGCUGAGUGAAAGGUGAAAAAUGCUUAGGGAGAGGGACUGUAGAGAAAGGUCUAUGACAGAUGUAGGACGGAGUCGGGGCCACCCAUACUUUGGGUGUUGACAUCGUUCUUUAGACAUAAUCAGAGCAGGUUUAUGGUGAAAUGCACUUGGAGGCAGUAAUGCUUCUGAAUAUCUGUUGCUGGAAACCACAGGAGGGGAGAGUGCUAUUGUGCUUGAAUCCUGCUUGCUGGCUUCCCACAAGCAUCUAGUUGGCCUCUAUGAGAACAGGAUGUUGGACUAAAUGGGCAAUUGACUUGAUCCUGUAGGCUCUUAUGCAUAAAAUUGCCACCUGAACAGUUAGUUUUUGCUGGUGUUAUUAAAUUUAUUACCCACCCUUCACCAGCAGGUCCCAGGGUGGGUUGCAAUUAUUUAAAAUUAAACAUUAAAAAUACUGAAAACAGAUUACAACCACAAGAAUAAGGUGCCUUCUUAAACCUAUAUCUCAAGUGUCAAAGACCAAGAUCAAGAGUUGUGUUGAUCCCUCAGUUCUAAGUAUUUGUUUGUUUAUUUUUCAGCAACAUUUAUAUGCUGCUUGCAGUAAAACCUCUAAACAGCUUAAGCAGUUUACAAGAAAUGUUAACAUUAUCAAUAAAAACAGUUAAAUAUAAUUAAUACUAACAGUAAAAAGAUUAAACGCAUCAAUACCUACCUAUCUGGAUAGGCUUGCCUAAAGAAAAAUGCUUUAAGUGGAUCCCAAAAAGAGUACAGUGAAGAUGCCUGCCCGGAAAAGGUCAAGUGGGGUAAAAUGAUUCCGCAAAUAAACCAGUCUCCAGCUGUUAAGGACUUUAUAUACCAAUAGUAACACCUUGAACCUGGCCUAGUAACAAAUUGGCAAUCAGUGCAAAUCUCUGGGCUGCAGUGUUUUAUGCUGACAGCACCUCCCUCUUGUGAGCAACCAUGCUGCAGCAUUCUACACCAACUGGAGUUUCUGGGUCAUGCACAAGGGAAGCCCCACAUAGCAUGCAUUGCAGUAAUCUAAGCUUGAAGUCACCAGUACCUGAUCUACCAUGGUCAAGCUCUCGCAGUAGAGAAAUGGUCAUAGCUGUUGAACCAGGUACAGUUAAUUAAAGGCACUUCAUGUCACUCAGGCUACCUGGGCCUUCAGUGACAAAGCUGGAUUCAGAAGCACACCCCGCCCCCCAGCCUGUGUACCUGCUCCUUCAGAAGGGAGUGCAACCCUGUCCAAGCCUGGCAAAUGACCAAUUUGUCAGACCCGGGAACAACUCACAGUGCCUCCCAUCUCGCCAGGAUUCAAGCUCAACUUAUUUUUCUCAUCCAUCCCACCACUGCAUCUAGCCAACUACAAGCUCCAUCAUUCAUUUUGCUCUUACUUAUUUCCAGGUAGUACUUCCAAAACCCUUUUUGUGGUCUCCUGCUGCUCAUGACCCCUGCUGCUUGUUCUGCCUUCUAGUUGCUGAUCUUUGGGCAUGAAUCACAUGGUUAAACUGUAGGCCCUAGGCUUCUUGUUUGCUGCUGCUCACAACCCUUGUGACAUCAUAAGGAGCAGUGAUGCUGUGUGAUUUUAGCCUAUGUCAGAGGUUGGACUGUGAACUCUAAAUUAAUUGAGCUCAGUUAUUGCAGUCUUAAUUUCUCUACAGCAAUUUGAUGGAUGGUAGAAAUCAGAAUUUAGCUGACGUCUCCAUUUUAUUUUAUAAUAAUUAUAUCUUAUUGGUUUUUUAAGUAACAAUUUCCCAUUGGUAUCUCAUGACAUCAUAUCACAUUAGGUUCCAGGCAGGUAAAGCUGCAGUGCCAAAUUGAAAAGGAAAAAUUAGAAAGACACUCUAAAGUGUGCUCAUAAUUCUUCCUCUGCAACCACGGAUUUAAGGUUGAAUUACCUGCUUCUUGCAUCCCCCCGCCUUUGGAAAAGCAACAGCAAGUUCUCAAUCCUUUGAAAAUCUGAAACCUUGAGAAACGCAGUGAAGCACAAUUAUGCAACUAUUUGUACGGUAAUUUGUGUUGCUUUCUAUGUGGUGUUGUUGAGUUUCCUUGAAAGACUCACAGAGUUCCAGGUAGGGAGGUAAAGACAUGUGAAGAUUGAUUUGCUUCUAAAAGCUGUAUCUUAAAACCUACAUUGCUCAGAGUGUACUCCCAUCAGUUUCCAGAAUCCAGGCUAACUGUAAUUAUAUUUUCUCUGUUCUGAAGGUAGGGUGGUACAAUGCGGUCCUUUCUCCAGCUUUUCAGUUGCCCUACUUGGAUGACACUCUGGCAUUUGUGGUGCUCAGCACUCCUGCUAUGUUUGACAAAGCCUUCAAACCUUUCUUGAGGAAUGGGCCACUGAAAAAGAUUCGUGACCCUGUGGACCAGUGCAUUUCUCAUCACCUCACAUUGCUUAGGGAGGUAAGAGAUUUUGAUGCAUACAGACAAGUCAUGGAGAGAGUAGCUAUAUACGCUUUCCUAAAGUCAGCCCCAUUGAACUCACUGGGGCUUACUUCUAAGGAGGCAUGUCUAGAAAUGUAAUGCCAGUUCCCUAUACCUUGGGAAAAGACAAAAUAUUUGGGUGGUCAUCCUUGUUCCUUUUUAACCAAACAAGAAAUAGAGUAUAAUCCAUAUUGUGUUUUGGGGAUGGAGUUACUGCUUAUAUUUUUAACUGGGAUUGGGAGACACAGGGGCUAAAGGCCGUUCUACACAUUACACUGAAAGAGAUGGUAGACUUUUGUACAGUACCUUUAUAGAUUGCAUAUUUAACGCUGCACUGUAUAAAAAAUGAAACAACAAACCAAAGCCCUGUAUUCUGGGAGCUUUCUACUUACACAAGCAUUCCGAAACUUGACACACCAACCCUCCUGCAAUCUGAAGCAAUUCAAUCCAGAAUUCUACCGUUGCCACCUCCUUCUGUGUGAUGUGUAGAAUGGUUUUUGGUAACCAAUAUUGUAAAUAACUUGCAAAAUAAGUGUCAGUCCUAGCAAGUAUUGUUUGGAAAAAUUGUUUUGUGGGUAAAGGGGGUCACUGAGAACUUGCUUUAUUAUACUGCAAUAAUCCAACCUCACACUGAUCUAACUGAGCUAAACUUUCCAUGGGAUUUUGAUUUUUUUCAAAAUAAGCAAGCAGUAAAUGAUGUACUGUUGUUACGAUGGUGGCUUUGUGUCAUGUGACAUGGUUUCCCUUUGUAUGGCUUCAGUUUCCUGUCUGCAGAAUAAAAAUGCUGAGUGGUGACGUUGCAGGGGCAUUAUAAGGAGGCAAGUGUGCAAACACAAUGCCAUUCAUUGUGAGAACGUCCUUGCACCUGGGCUAGGAAACACUGUUGAGUAGUGGCAUGGCUAUGCACAAAGCCAGCAAUGGCUUCUGUGUCUCUAGCAUGGGACGAUCUAGCUUUGUUUUCUCCAUUUCACCUCCCCUGCAGUCACCCAACUUCACUAUACAGUGGUACCUUGUGUUACGGAUGGGGUCCGUUCCGAAGGCCUGUCCGUAACAUGAAAAGCCCGCAACUCAAAGCACUGUGUCUGUGCAGGCACGCGGCGCGAUUUGGUCUUCUGCGCAUGCACAAUUUAGCGCUUCUGCACAUGCGUGAGCGGCGAAACCUGGAAGUAACCCAUUCCGGUACUUCUGGGUUGCCACGGGACGCAAGAUGAAAACAUGCAACCUGAAGUAGAUGUAACAUGAGGUAUGACUGUAUUUGAAUAAAUGUUGUAAAGGCUUGAAGGUCAUUCAGAGUGGUUUUUCUUGUUCUGCCACUUUGAAUAUUAAUUCAACUCUUUAUCAGCAAUUUCAUUUUAUGUAUGGAGACUUUUAAAAAGAAGCCAUUGUGACAAGCCCAGGGAACUGGAAGAAUUUGCUUUUGGGUUAAGAGCUGUUUGUAGACUACAUUGGCGGUCAUGCUUCACCUGUGAGAAGAUUUGUGAACUCCUUAAUGGAACUGGGUGGAAUAAUUCUGGAAAUCCUGAGAAAGAAUUCCCAAUAUAGGACAGAUUUUCUAAGGCAGGUCAGCAAAGUGACACAUGCCUCAGAGUUUUAUAAUGCACGAGGCUGUAGCUCCUUUAUCAAGAGUUCGCAUUGCUCAUUCAACAAGACUAGAGGCCCAGCUUGGAGCAGGGGACAGAGUGAGGCUGGGGAAUGUAGACUGACUUGCUACAUCAUCCCAUAUUACCUGUAGCUAAUCAUCUUCAAAUGUGAGUUUGAUCUAAUAAAAAUUCCUCUUUCCAGAGUCUUGCUGACCAGCAGGUAGACAUCAUGUAUGACUAUGAGUUGCUGCCCAACCGGAAGCCCAAGUUCCUGGCCCAGACAGCUGCACAUAUAGCUGGUGCUGCUUACUACUACCAGAGGAAAGAUGUGCAACAAGAUCCCUGGGGAGAGAAGGUGAGAUUUAAAUUGGAGCAGGAGAAGCAGCAGAGGGGUGCUUGUUUCUUGGAGAGCCAUUGAUAAACUGUGACUUUCUUCUUUUUCAGAAGAUUUAGUGUGUUUUCUAAAUGUUUUAUUGGGUGACUUCUUUCUCUCUGUCUGUGAUGUACGAUGAUCAGGAACGCACCCUCUCCUUGCAUUGACCCAAUACAGAUCCAUAUUUUCCAUCAAGAAAAUGCACAUUCUUCUCUUAGAUAAAUUAUGAAAUUAAGGGGUUUGUUUUACUUUAUUAUAGUGUUCAUAUUAUUUUUUUCAUUAUACUUUGUCAAGGACUUGGAUGGCAGAAGACAUAAGAAUAGUCUUCUCUAGCAUUGGUUGAAGCUACAGGAAGGCAGCCGUUAGUGUGUCAUGUUUUGCUUGCUAAGGUUUGAGAUUUCAGCAAAUGUUUCCUUCACGGUUUGAAAACGUUCCCCCACAUGUUUAAGCUUCAUAGCUGCAUUUUUUAAAAGUUGCUUUUAAAAGUAAUUUUAGGUAGGCUGCCCAAUGUUAGAUCCACUGAAAUGAACGUACUGGUACAUUACUAAUUAAUUUCAGGGUGGCCUACUUUGAGUAGUAAAUUAUUCCCUGGCAUUUCAGUGACAGUGUCAGUUGUCUGCAAUAAUUAGUGAGAUGCCCUAAAGCAGGGCUGAGGAACCUGUGACCCUUCAGAUAUUGCCAGUCUGCAACCAGUAAUCCCUGCCCAUUGGCUGUGAUGGCUCAGGCUGGCCAGAAUUGGAGUUGAACAACAUCUGGAGGGCCACAAGUUUUCCAUCCUAAAGGAUUUCCUACCAAGGAUACUUUCCACUUUCUAAUAUUAUAAAGCACUGUAGCAAAACAUUUUGGAAGGGCUGUAGUUUGAUGGUAAAGUACAUGCUUUUUGUACAGAAAGUAAACAAAACAGUUCAUUCAGUGGGCUGCCUUCCAAGUAAACAUGCGUAGGGUUGGGCAGCCUGUAAGUUAACAAGUCACUCUUUGUUUACUUAUCUAACUGGCUAUGCAAUCAGGUGCCUAGAAUGGAAACUAAGGCUGAAAUCUUAUGAGCUCAAUGGGACUUCUGAGUAGACAUGUACUGUAUGGGAUUGCACUUAGAUGCUUUGUUACACACACACACACACACACACACACACACACACACACACACUGGAUGGCCAUCUGUCAUAGAUGCUUUAGUUGAACGAGAUGACCCUCAGGGCCCCUUCCAACUGUACAGUUCUAUGAUUCUAUGAAGAUAGUAUGUUGGUUGUGAUGUUUUCACCUCUGGCUUACUCUUUUUGACAUUAUUUCAAAAACCUGCAAACCCCAUUGGAUGUUGUUGGCAUCCAUCUAUCUUGAGAAACAAUGUAGUGCGCCUCUGGGGGUGAAGUCAAACUGCUGCAUUAGUAGCACCAAAGUGACUUCCCUGGGGCACAAGCCUGGGCAGUGUAUAUGGAGGUCCCGGGCUGCCCAGACAACAAGACCCCCCUCUCAGUCCUGUUCAUGUUGUCCAAAAGAAAGCAGAGCAAUACAUUUGGCAUCAGCUUGGCUGCAGGAGUUGCCAGAAGCUCCUUGGAGACCCAACUCUGGAUUUGUGUAGGGUUUACUCUUUAGCCUUUUCUUCUCCAGAAGGUAUCCCACAAGGCAGCAGAGGUUUAGGACCAGAGUUUUCUUUCUCCUAGAUGAACUACCUUUUCAGGUUGACAAGGCCCUCACUUCCCUCUACAGUACAUGCAGAAACUGCCUUCUUGACCAUUGGCCCCACUAUUGGUCUCAUCCACUCAAUCUACUGGAGCCUGUCUUUGCAUGCAAGGGAAGUCCCUAACUCACCAAGGUUUUGAGUCCUACCAGCUACCCUCACCUGGUUUAGCCAGCCAGUCGAAGCCGUUUUCCAGGGUGCAGGAAAAUUGUGUCUGUGCACCAUGAGAAUAUCUGUUUCUCUCAAAUCACUUCAAAUUCCCUUCUAAACUAUCUCCAGCCUACCUGAAGGUUGUGCCUCCAUGAUCACAAGAGCCUGAGGUGUAGCAGGAAUGGAACCAGCCCAAUUCCUAUUAAGUGAUGGCAACAUCUCUCCCCCCCCCCCAUUAAUUUAUUUGCUUCUCUGUCACACAUUCUCCACUAAUACAUAAACUACAUACAUAAUACGUAAUACCAACUACAUAAACUCAUACAGUCCAAACAAAACAAAUACAUCCUUUCAUGUACUUCCCUUCCACUUCUUCCAUGUUUCUUAUCUCUUUAUCUCUUGCUAUAUAACUUACACUGCUGAACUACUCACAUCCUGCUAGGUGCCAACCUUACACCUUGAAGAGAAGCUUUCUUAAAUCUUUUGGUUAUAUUUGUCUAUUACAAUAUCUUUCCUUUUUCCCUGUGAGAUGUAAAGAUUGGCAGGCCUUUUAAUUCACUCAGCCUUUUUUCUUUCUCCAGAAGAUCUAUGGUGUCUGCAUCCACCCACGUUACGGAGGCUGGUUUGCUAUCCGGGCUCUCCUGCUUUUUCCGGGUGUUGAGGUGCCUUCCUUGCUGCAGAAAACUCCUGUUGAUUGUGUGACAACAGAUGAAAAGAGAAUAGAACUUCUGGAGAAGUUCAAUUUCCACUGGCGGGACUGGAGCUAUCGGGACAUUACUGAAGUGAAGGAGAAGUACUCGGAGGAGCAGAAAACGUACUUUGCAACUCCUCCAGCUGAACGGUUAAAAUUGCUGACUCUGCAAGGAGGAUUGCAAAGGAAUGCAAUACACUGAGUUGCUGUUCUCCUGGCCCAAGGGGGACUCAUAGCCUAUUCUACUGUGUCCACUUCCAUGGAGGGAGAGAUGGGUGGUUUACUUGGGGACCCAAGCUGUAGUCCUGGACACACUUGCUAGGAAGUAAGACCCACUGAACACAGUGGGGCUUUGUUACAAGUAAAUAUGUCUAGGGUUGCACUGUAAUAUUAGUUACACCAAAAGCCUGUGAAUCCAGGUGUAGGAACACUAGUCGUCCGUCCCCCCAUUAUUAUUUUUUAGAGGAAUGUAAUUUUUAAAACAUGCUGCUGUAUUUAAUUUGAGGGUAUUUAAAAAUGCUUUUUGUGUGAGAGAGACUCUGGUAGGUGGUGUAAUUAUUUUUCUUCGGUUAUGAAUUCAGGAGAGAUAUUUUUGUAAAUGGCACUUUUGCUGUCCUGUGGGAGAGAUGUCCCACGAAGCAGUUGUUUUUGAAGGAUGGUGUUGUCUAGUCCUUAUCAUAGUCUAAAGUCAUUUCAGCUUCUCAACAUUGCUUCUGAGGCUUUGAAAUCAUUUUGUUCCAGUGGUUUCUUUUUUACUUUCCACUCCUGUUCAAAGGACUAGAGAUGUUGUCUAACUUGUGUUGCGAAGGGGAGGUGAUAGUAAAACUGAAGGAAGCAAAACUGUCUGGCUCUUUCUGUUACGAGUCUUUUGUGGCAUUCAUGCUAUGUUGCAAGGCUUUGGGGGGAAAGUACAUAGCCUUAAAUUAGAAUAUUAG